AUGCCUCGUGUUCCAAGUACAAAAGAAGUCGUCCCCGGCGCGUCCGUCAACAUCGUUCUGAAAGCCGAUCAACGGACCGGGCGCACCGUCGACGGAACUAUCACAGACGUGUUGACGCGUGGAAACCACCCACGGGGCAUCAAAGUCCGACUCUCGGAUGGUCGCGUCGGAAGAGUCCAGUCCAUGACAGGGGCACCUACAAUUACAUCUGCUGCGACGGCAGCAUAUUCUGCAUCCAAGAAUGCCUCGGAGCCAGAGGUUCCCUCCCCCAACAUUGGCUUAGACGCGUACAUCACGCAAGGAAAACAGCGGAAACGGAAGGGUGGACCCAAACCACUGCCGGCAGAUACAGAUGGACGUGAUGAGGCUCAACAGACCCCGACAGAAGUGGUGACAUGUCCUGUCUGUGGCGAGUUUAAUGGAGAUGAAGCAGCUGUUGCUCAUCAUGUUGCUAGCCAUUUUGCUGAUUGA